GAGAGAGAGAGAGAGAGAGAGAGAGAGAGAGAGAGAGAGAGAGAGAGAGAGAGAGAGAGAGAGAGAGAGAGAGGAUGGAUUUGGAAGAGGACGAUACGCUAUCGAAACUGAGCAACGAGGAGCUGGAGAAGAUGGAACGACAGGCCAUGGCUAUGUCUGCGGAGUUGAGGCAGGCUAAAGCGAUGGCGUCAUCGUCUCAAGCGGAUUACCAUUCUAGUAGACGCGGGAAGGAAAGAAGUGUGUGUGGGGGUUAUCAUCACGUAGACAGUGGAGGGAUGUCGGUCAACGGCGGGUCAUGGGAUGGUGUAGAGCAUCUUGCCCCGCGGGUUGCGCACCCAGCUUCCUCCAUCUCCCCUUCAACUGCAGUUAUCGGUACUCGGACAGUGAGGAAGGAUCAUGCAACCUUACCGUUACCUGUUCAUGUCAUCCCAUAUGGCAAUGAUCGGUACGCCGUUGAGUUCCAUUAUGAUCAGAAUCUUGUAAAUGCUGUGAGGACGAUCCCUGGGAGGUCCUGGGACGGUCUGAAACGCGUCUGGAGCUUUCCCAUUGCCCACCUGGAAGACGCAGUGAGGGCGAUCUCAAACACCACGCCCAAUCUUCAAGUUGAUCUCACCUUCGAUCCGUCUAUCGCUGUGCCACCGGAGUUGCCUGUGCAGACGACUUCGUCGUCAUCAAUGCAGCGACCAACCCACUUCACACAAAACACUCCUCCUCCCCCUCCCCCUCGCCCUCCUCACCCUACGCCAUCAUCAUCCCUUCAGCAGGGCCAUGACUCUAACAACUACAGCUCGGAAAACGUCCGACUGCCGUCGUCGGCGGUGAUGCCUUCCCGCACUUCUGGCGGCGGCGGCGGCGGCGCGAAUAUGAGAUCUGUCACUGUCCAACUGAAGAACGUCGGCGGGGAUCGUUUCGCUGCGAAGAGUCCGUACGAUCCGCAGCUUAAGGAUGCUUGUAAAUCUGUGCCUCAAAGCAUGUGGGAUAUGCAGGGCAAAGUGUGGACAUUUCCAAUCAGCAAGCUGGGGGCUCUUGUGGACGCGCUUCGCCGCAUCCCCUCGCUGAAUGUCGUCGUGGAGGCGAUUUCCCCUCUCUCUCUUCCCUCUCCUCCUCCUCCUCGGGAUGGUGCAGUCUCUGUUGGCAAUGAGCCAACGUGGAAGGCGACCGAGUCAGCAGCAGAGGUAGCUGCUCGGCGGCAAGUGGUACUCGUCGACGGUUCCUCCUCUUGUGCAGCAAACGCCGCAGCAGCGUUACGGGGUGACGGGGAAGGGUCAUUGCUUGCUUCGGGCCGCGAUCGGGAGGCGGCGUCCGGAAGAGCGUAUUGUGCAGCGGCCGCGGGUUCGGCGGCAGAGAUGCAAGAAGGAGAUUACUGGGCGGCAACGGGGAGGAGGUCGUGUUCGGCAGUGGGCGGUCAGGAGCACAAGCAUCAUCUGCAGUCUGGGCAAUCGCGCGAGCCUUGUCCUAGCCAUCGUCCUCCGCCUGCUCCUCCGCCUGCCUACACUCCUUUCGCACCUGCUCAGCAUCAUCCUUUUGUUCCCCCUCCAGCUCAAGCACCUGUCAACGAUCGGCCUUGCGGCGCUGCAGCAUCGGUAUCAGCGCCGGGCUCACCAGCGUCAUCAGCGUCGAAGCUGCUUGCUGCCACGUCAGCGAUGACGCCGGCGGCAACAGCGAAGGCGACGCCCUCAUCGAAUGCCAACACAACAAUCGGCGGCCUUGGCAGCUUGACAGGGAAAGGAACGAUUGACAGGUAUUUAGUGCCGCAAAGGCUUUCGACGGCAUCGAACAAUCCGCACCAACGGCAGCAUCACCCUCCUCCGCAAGGUCCACAGCAUCAAUGGCAACCUCCUCCGUCGCUCGGUGGGCAGCGUCAACGUGAGCAGCUUCCUCCGCUUCAGGAUUCUCAGCAUCCGCAGCAGCUACGGCCUCUAGCCGCAGACGAUCCACAGCAACCAGGGCAAAAUCCGCUGCCGCCGGAUCCGCCACGGGAUCAGCGGCAGCAUCCUCCGCCGCCGGAUGCGCAGCAGAAUCAGAGGGUGGUGGCGCCAGCAAAGGUCAAGAUAGUCAAGCUGGUGCCAUAUGCUGAGGGAAGGAUUGGUCUGAGGUUUGACUUUGACGAAGCGCUAGUGAGGGCGGUUAAGACGGUGCCCAGUGCCACGUGGCGGGGUUCUGAGAAGCUGUGGACCAUUCCGGCGGACAAGCUGGAGGAUGCUCGAAAGGCCUUCGCAGCGUUUUCCUCCCCCUCCUCCAGUGCUCCAGUCUCUGGUUCGGUCUCCGCGUCGUCGUGCGCAUCGUCAUCGGGGGGGGAGUUGCUGGUCAAGAUGGAGAGCCUUCCGCCACUCAUGCAACGAGCACUCGAAGCCACGUGUGCAGCGCAUAAUGACGAAGAAGCUUUCUACAGCGAUUCGAUGCCAGCUAAGCUUGUGCAGGCUCUUCUCCCGUUCCAGGAAGAGGGAGUGAAGUUCGCCCUCCGACGGGGCGGAAGGGCACUCCUCGGGGACGAGAUGGGUCUCGGGAAGACGCUUCAAGCUAUCGCCAUCGCUGCCUGCUACCGGUCGGAGUGGCCCGUUCUUGUCGUCGUCCCAUCGUCGCUGAGGCUUUACUGGGCGAACAUGUUGGUCCAGUGGCUGGACCUAAGCCCAUCGGACAUCACGGUGGUGAUGCCGAAUAAGGUAAAGCGAGAUGAGGGUUUUACAAUCGUGACCUCGUUGCCAUCACUAUCUUCAACUCUCCGUCAGCAUCUGCGGGAGGAAGGGGAAGGUGGGAGCUUGUUCGUAAUUGUGUCCUACGAUGUCGUUGCGAAGAUCGGACUUGACGGGUUCGGGGGGGUGGCGGACGGCGCCGGAGGCGGCGGCGGACGUGUGGGCAAAGGGAGCCCCGUCAUGGGGACGAUGACCACGGACGCCCGAGGGUCCCAUGAUCAUCAUCUUCAGAAGAAGAGUCAACAAGCUUCUCAGCCCCAUUUCAAGGUCGUCAUCGCGGACGAAUCACACUACAUGAAGAAUCGGAACGCAAAGAGGACCAUGGCGUGUGUGCCGUUAAUCCAACGAGCAGCCCGCGCUAUUUUGCUGACCGGUACCCCGGCGUUGUCCAGGCCCAUUGAGCUGUUCAAGCAGCUGGAGGCGCUGCAGCCGACCGUGUAUCGCAACAGCUUUAACGAGUACGGAUCGCGAUACUGCAUGGGAUCACAUUUCGGGUUGUUCCAGGGGGCGAGCAACAUGGACGAGUUGCAUGCACUGGUGAAAUCGACGGUCAUGAUUCGGCGAUUGAAGAACGACGUUCUGAAGCAACUACCACCGAAACGCCGGCAGCAGAUCUUUUUGGCACUUGAUGAGAAGGAUCUUGCGCAGCCGAGGGCAAUCUUCAAGCAGCUUGACGAGGUCAGGGAUCGCAUGAGGAAGCUCUGCGGAGAGCAGCGGGAACUGAUGAAAUUCGACCAGCAGCAGCUGCUCAACAAGCUUUAUGUGGAGUCCGCUAAGGCCAAGGUAACCAGCGUGCAGGAAUACGUCGGCCUGAUGUUGGACGCGGAUUGCAAGUUUCUCAUCUUUGCACAUCACAUUGAGUUGCUGGACGGCAUAUCGGACGUUCUCCGCAAGAAGCAUGUGGACUUCAUACGGAUUGACGGGAAUACACCCGCCACAGAUCGGCAGAACGCUGUGUCAAGGUUCCAGGGUAACAGACAGACACGAGUUGCCGUGCUGGGAAUCCGAGCGGCAGGAGUAGGGCUCACUCUCACUGCUGCCAGCAUCGUCGUUUUUGCUGAAUACACCUGGACGCCUGGUGACCUUGUCCAGGCGGAAGACCGCGCCCAUCGUAUCGGACAGGAAGGAUCUUCGGUCAACGUCUACUACUUACAUGCUAAACACACGAUCGACGAUAUUAUUUGGGACACUGUUCAGCACAAACUCGAUAAUCUCGGGCAGGUGCUGGAUGGCCGCAGCGAGGGUGGUAGGCUAGAAUUGGCCGGCGGACCGAUCUCUCUAAAUCCGCGCGGGCAGACGUCUCUGAACACAUUCUUCAAUGGAAUGAAGCCAGCGGCCGGAGCAGGAGGAAAGGGAGGAGGAGGAGGAGAAGACGCAGCCAAGAAACAUGCGACCUCCAAUGCGUAUUUGAUGAAGAAGUUAAUGUCAACGUCGUCUGCCGCAUUUGAUUCAUCACCCCUGGCAUUCGUCCGCGAUAGUACGGAAGAUCCAGAUAGUAGGGAAGAUCCGGAGGCUAAUGCGUAUGGGUAUGUAGUUAACGAUGCUGCAGACGACGAGUUGACAGCGAUGGUGGUUGGGGGCGUCAGCGACCCUAUUGGUGGCAACACUGUUAGCAGGGACCUUCGGUGCGAUAGCAGAAUGACAAGUCUGCCACCUGUCGAGCCCGCAGGCACAGAUUUGGCGGUGCGUGUGGUAACAGCAGCAUUGGAGAGGGAAAAUAGUGAUCAGGCUGAAAGGGGCCAUUCAGAUAGCACCCUGGAUCCGUCUUCCUUGGGCAAUGGCUGUGGGAAGGACAUCAUGACCAUGGGAAACACUGUUCGCAGUAGGAACAGCGAUUCUUCUUCCUCUGAGAUAAAGAACUCUAAUGUACUGGAAAAGUGCCACAAGUUUCAUGACGCAGCUUCAUCUUUUUCUUCUUCUUCCUCUUCUUCUUCUUCUUCUUCUUCUUCUUCUUCUUCUUCUUCUGCUGCUGCUGCUGCUGCUGCUGCUUUUUCUUCAGGGAGCGAUAGCCCACGAGAAAUGGGCAUGCGCAAACGCAAGAAGCUACAGAGGCUAGGGUGAGUGAACGGAGAGAAAACACUUUGUUUUCUUUCCCGGGCAUGCACUGUCCCCAAUAUCAUGAUGCUGCUGCUACUUUUUUGCCGUGGUGCUUCUUCUUUGCGGCUCCUUCAGGGAGGGAUAACCCCACGAGAAAAGGGCAUUGGCAAACGGAAGAAUGUACAGGGGCUAGGGUGACUGAUUGGAGAGCGACUGUUUUUUCCCCCGAAUAAAGUUUGAAGUGGAUCUAAGCAUCGUCACUCUGGUUCUCCGCUCCUAAUCGAUGAUAAACCCUGUGAGCCGCUACAUCAUUCGCCACGUGGAAAUCAAAGCCUGGGCACCCA